ACGGGGGAAACCGGGAUGUGGAAACAGGAAAGCGGGCGAGCUCAUCCCAGUGCUCCCAGUCCCCGCCCAGCCCAAACCGGGCUGCCUGGGGGCAGAGCUGCGGGGGUCCAGCAUGGAGGGGCCCGACGCGUUCCUGGGGCCCCGCGAAGGGGCCCUGGGGGGGAUCCCCCGGCACCCGGUACCGCCCCCAGCGCCCCGGCCGAGGAGGAGGAGGAGGAGGAGGAAGGGGACGAAGAGCGUUUUCAGGGGGUGCCGCUGCGCCGCUCCCGCGUCCCGCGAGCCCCGGGCUGCUCCCGGGACCCGUUCCGCCGGCACAGCUGGGAGCCGGGCACCGCGCUGCUGGGGGGCCCCGGCUGCCACCGCCUCAGCGUGAGCCCCGAUGACGUGGGCUCCAGCGCGGAGCGGCUGGGGGGGCCCUGGCGGGACCCCCGGCGAGCCCCCCUGCUCCACAGCAACGACGACCUGGGGUCCCUGCUCUCCGAGGAGGACGAGGACGGGGCCGAUGCGCAGCAGGAGGAUGCCCGGUACCGGCCCAGCGCCCACGCCCUCUCCAAAUCCGCGUCCCUUGGCGUCAUCGACACCUUCCCCGACUGGGACGACAUUCCGCCGUUCGCCUCCCAGCAGAGCCUGUUCCAUGGCUUCGGGAGCCUCGGGCAGCUGGCGGGGGGGCGCCGGGACGAGACCCCCCUGGGCCGGACCCUCAGCUUCAUCCGCAGGAUGACGGGGAAGACGAAGAGCAAGGAGAAGAUGAAGGAGGGGAAGGAGAAGGUGACAAUGACGGUGAAGGAGGGGAAGGACAAGGACGCCCGGUACACCAACGGCCACCUCUUCAGCACCAUCACCGUGUCCGGCACCACCAUGUGCUUCGCCUGCAACAAGAGCAUCACGGCCAAGGAGGCGCUGAGCUGCCCCACCUGCAAUGUCACCAUCCACAACCGCUGCAAGGACACGCUGCCCAACUGCACCAAGGUGAAGCAGAAGCAGCAGAAGGCGGCGCUGCUCAAGAACAGCUCGGCGCUGCAGUCGGUCUCGCUGCGCAAUAAAAAUGCCAUCCGGGAGCGCCCCAACUCGGCCAUUUACCCCUCGGAGAGCUUCCGGCAGACGCUGCUGGGCCCGCGCCGCGGCCGGCCCUCCCUGUCCCUCUCCAAGAGCGUCUCCACCACCAACAUCGCAGGGACGUUCAACGACGAGUCUCCCCUGGGGAUCCGGCGCAUCCUGUCCCAGUCCACCGACUCGCUCAACAUGCGCAACCGCACGCUGUCCGUGGAGUCGCUCAUCGACGAAGGCCCCGACGUCGUCCUCAACCAGCUGCUGAGCGACCUGGAGACGGACGGGAAAGACUUCGAGGCGGAUUCGUGGAGCUUGGCCGUGGACAACAGCUUCCUGCAGCAGCACAAGAUGGACGUGAUGAAGCGCCAGGACGUCAUCUACGAGCUGAUCCAGACCGAGCUGCACCACGUGCGCACGCUGAAGAUCAUGGGCAGCCUGUUCCGCAGGGCCAUGCUGGAGGAGCUGGCGCUGGACCCCGGCACUGUGCACGGCAUCUUCCCCGGCCUGGACGAGCUGCGCCAGAUCCACCAGCGCUUCCUGGCCCAGCUGCUCGAGCGGCGCCGCCACUCGCUGGCCUGCGACAGCAACAAGAACUUCGUCAUCGACAGGCUGGGGGACAUCCUGGUCAACCAGUUUUCGGGCGCCAGCGCGGAGCAGCUGAGGAAGGCGUACUCGGAGUUCUGCAGCCGGCACACGCGCGCCCUGAAGGAGUACAAGGAGCUGCUGGCGCGGGACAAGCGCUUCCAGCAGUUCAUCCGGAGGAUGACGCGGUCCCCGCUGCUGCGGCGUCACGGCGUCCCCGAGUGCAUCCUGCUGGUGACGCAGAGGAUCACCAAGUACCCGGUGCUCAUCGAGCGCAUCCUCAAGAACUCCAAAGACAACGAGGCCGAGGUGGCGGACCUGUCACGGGCGCUGGCGCUGGUGAAGGAGCUGAUCUCGGCGGUGAACGCCGAGGUGCACGCCUGCGAGCUGAGCGCGCGGCUGGGGGACGUGCACCGGCGCCUGGACGGGCGGGCGCGCGUGCCGCUGCCCGGCGAGAGCCGCCACGGCGUCUUCGGCAAGGACGAGCUGCUGCGGCGCCGGCUGGUGCACAGCGGCUGCCUGCUCUGGAAAACCGCCGCCGGGCGCUUCAAAGACGUGCUGGUGCUGCUGCUGACGGACGUUCUCGUCUUCCUGCAAGAGAAGGACCAGAAGUUCACGUUCCCCACGCUGGACAAACCCCCCGUGAUCUCGCUGCAAAACCUGCUGGUGCGGGACAUCGCCAACCAGGAGAAGGGGAUGUUCCUGCUGAGCGCGGCGCCGCCCGAGAUGUACGAGGUGCACGCGGCCUCGCGUGACGACCGCAACACCUGGAUGCGCCUGAUCCAGCAGACGGUCAGCCUCUGUCCCAGCCGCCAGGACUUUCCCUUGAUUGAAACGGAGACCGAAGCGUCUAUACGCAAGCUGAAAGACCGCAUCCAGCAGCACGACCGGCAGAUCUCGGCGCUGCUGGAGGAGAAGGUCGGGCUCUUUGCCGACAUGCUGGCGCUGGCCAGCGGCUGCGAGGAGCCCCCGGCCCCCCUGGCUCCCCCCCGGCCCCUGUUCCGCUGCGACUCGCCCGAGGCUUCGCAAGGGGAGAAGCUGCUGCACGACGCCAUCCGGGAGGUGGAGAGCCUGAAGGAGACACUCACCUGCGCCGGACGCGACCGGGACCACGACAACGUCACCGAGGGCGAGAGCUGCCCCAGCCCCGGCGCCAGCAACGGUGACGCCGGCAGCUUCAACGGCUCCCUGGAGUUCUGCAGGGCGGAUUCGGACACCGGGCAGAGGGAUGGGAAUGGGAACCAGCUCCUGCAGAGAGGAUCCCAGGAGGAGAUCAACCAGCGGCUGCUGAACCUCUACAGCCUCCUGCACGGGCUGCAGGCGGUGGUGACCCGGCAGGACACGCUGCUGGAGCUGCACCUGCAAGAAGCCGCCGAGAAACCAUCCCGGCGCGGUUCCCACCCGGUGACCCCGACCGAGCUGCCGGCGCGAGGGGGCGAGAAGCCUGGGGCUGUUCCCGGGGCUGUCACCGGGGCUGUCACCGGCGCCACGGAGCUGGCGCUGCUGCAGCGGCAGCACGCGCUGGUGCAGGAGGAGCUGUGCCGCUGCCGGCAGCUGUGCCAGGAGCGGGCGCAGGAGGCGGCGGCGCUGGAGACGCGGCUGCGGGACAGCGAGCGCGAGCGCGGGCGGCUGGAGCGGGAGCUGGAGGAGGCGCGGGGGCCGCGGCAGGACGCGGCGGGACGGCGGCGUGGGGGCACGGAGCCGCGGCGCCGCAGUCUGCCCGCCGGGGACGCGCUGUACCUCAGCUUCACCCCCCCACAGCUGGGCCACGGCGCCCCCCCCGCAGCCUGUCGUACCCGCCCCCCCCCCUUCGCCGCCCCCCGGCCGGAGCUGGAUUACCGGGGCGGGGGGGACCCCGAGGCGCUGCGCGGGGCCGAGGACGCGCUGGACACGCUGCUGGAGGACGAGGACCUGGGGAGCGGGCGCUCGCCCCCCGCCAGCCCCCGAGAUUUCCCGCGCAUGCAGGACAUCCCUGAGGAGGUGGAGAGCAGCCAGGAGCUGCGGGACGGCGACGGGGACAGUUAGGGACCAACCCGCCCCCCGGCCCCCCCGCGGGGUUUGGGGAGCUGCCCUUCCCCUGGGAGCCUUUCGGGACUCGGGGGGUCACCCCCUCCUUGCUGGUGACGUGGGGCGGGGACACGGUGAUUCGGGACCGAUGUGUGUGUGUCCCCCCCCGCCCGGGUUUAUUUAUUUAUUCUGUCUGGGGUGUCCUGGUCUGUGUCCCCCCCACCAGCGACGUCCCGGGGGUGAACCCGUGUCACCCGGAGCUCGUCCCGCCCCCGUCGGUCUGGGGGGGCUGCCCUGGGCGGGGGGGCGGCAGGGACAGGUGGUUUUAAUCGGUUUAACUGUAAAAAGGAAAAGAAUUAAAAAGACCGUUUUGGACCCAAA